GAAGAAUAUCAAGAUUCGGCAACGAAGUAACGGAGUUCGGAAGGUAUUUACCGACGGACACUUUUUUUGUUCCAGGAUAUUGCAGCAUGAAGAAGGAGCAAGUUGUCAACUGCCAGUUUUCGGUUUGGUAUCCGAUAUUCAAAAAACAUACAAUUAGAAGUGUUAUUCUGCCACUGCCUCAGAAUGUAAUAGAUUAUUUACUGGACGAUGGGACACUGGUAGUCUCUGGGAGUGAUCAUAACACACAGCAGACAAACACUAAUAACAGUGACUUGGAUGCAGAAGAAGACAUUCAGUGGUCAGAUGACGAGACAACCACCACUGUCACUGCUCCUGAGUUCCCAGAAUUCACCUCUAAAGUGCUGGAGGCCAUAAACGCCUUGGGUGGGCGUGUCUUUCCGAAACUCAACUGGAGUGCUCCACGGGAUGCUAACUGGAUCGCUUUGAACAGUUCCCUGCAGUGCAACAACCUCAGCGAUAUAUUCCUUCUCUUUAAAAGUUCUGACUUCAUCACCCACGACCUCACACAGCCCUUUGUUCAAUGCAGUGACCAAGACUCACCAGAUCCUGUUAUAAACUAUGAGUUGGUCCUAAGAAAGUGGAGUGAGUUGAUUCCUGGAGGAGAGUAUCGCUGUUUUGUCAAAGAAAACAAACUGAUUGCUAUCUCCCAGAGAGACUACACUCAGUACUACCCGCACGUCCUGAAGCAAGAGGAGCAGAUCUGUCAGGCUGUGCAGGAGUUCUUCAGCCAGCACAUCCAGUACAACUUUCUGGACGAAGACUUUGUAUUUGACGUCUACAGAGACAGCCAGGGAAGGGUGUGGCUCAUAGACUUGAAUCCAUUCGGAGAGGUUACAGACUCUCUGCUCUUCACCUGGGAGGAGCUGACGUCUGGUGGGGAAAUCGACCAGCAGGAGGGUCCAGCAUUUCGUUGCACCACCAGUGAGGUGACAGUACAGCCCAGUCCCUGUCUGAGCUACAGAAUCCCAAGAGACUUUGUUGACCUCUCCACUGGGGAAGACGCCUAUAAGCUUAUCGACUUCCUUAAACUGAAGAAAAGUCAACAAGAAGACUCAGAGGAGGAGGAGGAGGAGGAGAGUGCUCCACAGUGACACAGCUCCUCUGACACAUGAAGAAAAGCUGCCAGUGUCAACAGCCCCUCCAUAUGAUGUUCUCUGCAUGAAGUGACGCUUAACCUUCUGUCCUGUGUUGAAAUUAUUUUUCAUUUCAGCCUGUUCUCUCUCCCUCUAACGCCCCUCUGUGAACGGUACGCCGUGUACCUGGGGUUCCCUGGAUGGCUCUCUGGUGUUUUUCUCUAAUGGAACAUGUUAAAUUAGCAGAUCAUGUUAACAGCUCUUUGAGGAUUCAUUUUCUGGGUUGUUGUUUGCCGCCGACUCUGUCAAGCACUGUUAUGGCUCAGUGAGACAUCAGAGGGAGGCAUCUGCAGUGUUGAUUAUUCCUGAUUUUAGGGAUUUUUUUUAUUGUUUUCUGCAAAAAGAUUGACUUACUGUAAACAAUGUCUGCUUUUAUACUUAGGAAAAUGUGUUCAAGUUUGUGUGUCUUUAUUGCAACACAAAUGUCUUAGGAUUUAAAAUGUAAUUUUUGCCAUGAGGCUGUGAUUUAAUUUAACACUAAAGCUUUUCAUCACCAAGUCACCUUUAAUUUUUCUCCCUGGCCAUCGUUGCCCCUUCAUCUCUCCCCGCCAAUUUCCUCCGAGCGCUUCUGACACUCUCAUUUCUCUGAGCGGCUCUGGGUGCUCAUUUAGAGUCCUGUUUUCCCAUCAUGCAUUGCUGUAGACUGUUACUCCAAAAAACACCAUUAAACUUCUUGUCGUGUAUUGGCUCGCCUGUCAGUCCGCUGGGUGCUGUAGACUAGCACAUUAGAAAAUUGAUUGCACUUUUACGCAACAGUUCUCAUUACGCCCGGGAGCUAAAUGAGCUGUGCAUGCACGAGGCAGGGCAGUUCAUUUUGGAUUGUUUUUUUCCCCCCUCUGCUCGAUUGAUAGAGCAAUUUCAUGGAGAUGGAAAGAGCUGGUGUGAUGAGGGUUACCGCUCCCUGGGUGAAACUCUAACUGUAUACAAGGUGCACAUUGUGGAGAAUGUUGCAGAUUCAUCAUAAUUAGGAAAGGAAACUUUAUUGUUGACAUACCAUUCAGACCUGGAGGAGGGAUUUGUCUGAACUGGAAUGAAUUUCCUGUACAUGCAAUUUGUAGGAUUUGAAAAAAAACUUGAAAUUGAUCCCAUUUAUACCAGUAUUUAGUCGCCAUCUCCCUCUAGAGCCCCAUAUUUCUAUUUUUCACUUAGAAUUGUAAAGUGAAAACACAGCUUUAGCCCCAGUAAACUGAAGUUAAUAUAAUUUUUAAAAAAAAUUAAAGACAGCAAACUUUAUUUUCUUGACAUUUAUGUAUUCCAGCAGUAAUGUAUAAGAAUUUGUGGAUAUCAGAUACCCUAAUUCCAAAAACACUGGGUGUAAAUUUGAAUAAAAAACAGUGAUUUGUAAA